AUGUCUGACAGAAUCCCCUCAUGGAAUGUCGUCCACAAGUUGGAGAAGCGACAGCUUCUUAUUGCGAUUAACUGCAUCGCUGCAUUGUCAAUCCUCUUCUUCGGAUACGACCAAGGAAUGAUGUCGGGUGUGAACAAUGCCGAAGACUACGUCAAAUUGAUGAAAUUUGGAUACACAAAAAUGGAAGAUGGCGAAGCGACUGUGGUGGUCACUAAUUCCUUACUACAAGGUGGAAUUGUGGCCGUGUAUUACUUGGGAACAUUGUGUGGUGGGUUGUUCGGUGGCUGGUUGGGAGAUCGUAUGGGCAGAAUCAAGUCUAUUGCAGCUGGUGCUGUUUGGGCGAUCGUGGGUGCCAGCCUGCAGUGCUCGGCUCAAAACCAUGACUGGAUGAUCUGCGCACGUUUCGUCAACGGAAUCGGGACCGGUAUUUUGAACGCCAUUGUCCCUGUCUGGGCUACGGAAACCGCCGAGCAUACUUCGAGAGGACAGUUCAUUGCGAUCGAGUUUACUUUGAACAUCUUUGGUGUCGUUCUCGCCUACUGGCUAGAGUUUGGCCUGUCAUUCAUUGAUGAAGGUAGAUCUCCUUUCCGCUGGCGGUUCCCCAUCGGGUUCCAAAUUAUAUUCCUUUUGGUUCUGUUCUGUGCCGUCUGGUUCUUCCCCGAAUCCCCUCGCUGGCUGGUGAAAGUUGGCCGGGAAGAAGAAGCUCGGUACAUUCUCCAGCGUCUCCGCGGAAGUAGCCCCGAGGACCGCGUCCGCGCCGAGGCCGAAUUUCUCGAUAUCCAGGCCAUCGCAGAAAUGGAGAAGACGGUUGUCCAUGGGAACUCUUACCUUUCCAUGCUCUUUGGUUAUAAAUCGGGUGACCUCCACAUCGGCCGUCGUGUCCAACUCGUCAUCUGGCUUCAGAUCAUGCAGGAAUGGGUGGGUAUCGCUGGUGUCACCGUAUAUGCUCCCACAAUCUUCAGCAUUGCAGGAUUCGACUCGACAAAGAGCCAGUGGAUUAGUGGUUUGAACAAUGUCUUCUACAUGUUUGCCACGCUUGUCUGUGUUUUUACAUUGGACCGUAUUGGCCGUCGAUGGACCUUGUACUGGGGCUCGGUCGUUCAAGGAAUUGCUAUGUUCCUAGCGGGUGGUUUCUCCCGUCUCGCCAUCAACGCUAAGGCAGCCGGUGACACGGGCAACGCAUCCUCAUAUGGUGCAGCCGCAGCUUCGAUGAUUUUUAUCUUCACAUCGACUUUCGGAGCGACCUGGCUCACUGUGCCUUGGCUUUACCCUGCCGAAAUCUUCCCGUUGGCUGUGCGUGCUCGCGGAAACGCAUGGGGAGUCGUUGGUUGGAGUAUCGGAAACGGAUGGCUGACUCUUCUGUGUCCCGUCAUGUUUAGCGCUAUUGGCGAGAAGACGCUUUAUGUGUUCGCUGCGAGCAACGUCAUCACCAUUCCGAUGGUCUGGGCUCUGUACCCCGAGAGCAACCAACGUACACUGGAAGAUAUGGACCUGUUGUUUGCGGCCAAGACACCUUGGACCUGGGAUGCGGAGAAGACCUUUGCUCGUUUGAAGGCCGAGAACCCCGGUAUGGUCUCGGCGGUUAGUCGCAAAGGCAGUAUAGAUCCGGAGACUGGCAAGGUGUUGCUUGCCGCACCAAAGGGUGAUGAAAAUGCCUCUUCUGCCGACCAUCCUAGAAUGACAAGCACCGCAAUUAUAAACCCAGAGGCUCUAGGCACAACAACCCCACAGUCCAAUGGUCCUCAAACAAAGCCACUUAAUUUCAAACCCACACCGAAAUCCAAUCUCGAAACCCAGAAAUACCUCCGCCGAAUAUCCCUUCACCCAACCUUGACCCCUUACCGCCGCCGCGUCUACCGCGUCCUUCUCUCUGUUCCCGCCGGUCGCUGGACAACCUACUCCGCUAUGGCAACAUAUCUCAACUCCAGCGCGCGAGCUGUGGGCAAUGCCAUGCGCACGAAUCCGUUUGCGCCCGAGGUACCCUGUCAUCGUGUGCUUGCUGCUGGGGGGUGCUUGGGUGGGUACAAGGGGGAAGGGAUGGCGGUUAAGCAUGUGAGUGAUGGGUCUUUUAGGGAUGAGAAGAGGAUAAGGCUGAAAGACGAGGGGGUUUUGUUUGAUGAUGCAGGAAAGGCGAGUGGAGUUUGCUUUACGGAUUUUGAAGAUUUGGGCGGGAAAAAGUGA